AUGGCGGAACUGGCUUCACGCCCGAACCUAGCACAUGACAUCCUCAAACCCUGUGCCGGCCUGGAAAAGGUUGUUGUAGAGUUGACCUUGCUCAUCUUUCCUUCGACUGUAUCCAGAACCGUACGGUGCAGGAAAACUUCACUACUGCUACCCAACAGAUGCAGCUUUGAAGCAAAAGUAGACCGGGCUGAACAGAGUGUGGUUGUGCACACCAGUAAUCCCAGCACUCCACCCGGCGAGGUGCUCGAGCCCCGGGUGGGCCGAGGGACCUGUGCAGAAGGGAGCCACUCUGCCUGUGGGAGCCUGCAGGAUAUUUCAAAACUUCCGUAUAUCUUUAGUUUUGAAAACUGCAUUUCUCUUUCAGCCCAAAAUGGAGUUAAUCCUGACUGGGAGAAGAAAGUUAUUGAAUAUUUCAAGGAAAAGCUGAAGGAAAAUAAUGCUCCUAAAUGGGUACCAUCACUGAAUGAAGUUCCACUUCAUUAUUUGAAACCUAACAGCUUUGUGAAAUUUCGUUGCAUGAUUCAGGAUAUGUUUGACCCUGAGUUUUACAUGGGAGUUUAUGAAACGGUUAACCAAAACACAAAAGCUCGUGUUCUUCAUUUUGGGAAAUACAGAGAUGUGGCAGAGUGCGGGCCUCAACAAGAACUUGAUAUAAAUUCUCCACGAUCUACCACUUUGGAAAGACAGACUUUCUACUGUGUUCCAGUGCCUGGGGAAUCUGUGUGGGUAAAAGAAGCCUAUGUUAAUGCAAACCAAGCUCGAGUCAGUCCCUCGACAUCCUACACUCCUAGUCGUCACAAGAGGAGCUAUGAAGAUGAUGAAGAUAUGGAUCUACAGCCUCAUAAACAGAAAGACCAACACACAAGUGACAGACAAGCAGGAAGCGUUGGUGGUCUUCAGUGGUGUGGAGAGCCAAAACGUUUAGAAACUGAAGCUUCCACAGGUCAACAGCUGAACUCCUUAAACCUCUCUUCUCCUUUUGAUCUGAAUUUUCCAUUGCCUGGAGAGAAGGGCCCUGCCUGCCUUGUGAAGGUCUAUGAAGACUGCGAUUGUUUCAAAGUAAAUGAUGUUCUUGAGUUAUACGGCAUCCUGUCUGUGGACCCUGUGCUAAGUAUACUGAGUAGUGACGAAAGAGAUUCCUCUGCACUGCUGGACUCCAUGGAGUGCACAGAUACAGCAGAGGAGCAGAGGGUACACAGUCCUCCUGCCUCAUUAGUGCCAAGAAUUCAUGUGGUUUUGGCCCAGAAAUUGCAGCACAUCAACCCAUUGUUACCUGCCUGCCUUAACAAAGAGGAGAGCAGAACCUUUGUGUCAAGUUUCAUGUCCGAAUUGUCUCCAGUCAGAGCAGAAUUGCUGGGGUUCCUCACUCAUGCCCUUUUGGGAGACAGUUUGGCUGCUGAAUACCUUAUAUUACAUCUCAUCUCUACAGUAUACACAAGAAGAGAUGUUCUUCCACUAGGAAAAUUCACUGUGAACCUGAGUGGUUGUCCACGGAAUAGUACCUUUACAGAACAUUUAUAUCGAAUUAUUCAACAUCUUGUUCCAGCAUCUUUUCGUCUGCAGAUGACUAUAGAGAACAUGAACCGUUUGAAAUUCAUCCCCCAUAAAGACUACACAGCCAAUCGCUUGGUCAGUGGGCUCCUCCAGCUGCCCAACAACACUUCCCUGGUCAUCGAUGAGACUCUGCUGGAACAAGGGCAGUUGGACACGCCAGGUGUUCAUAAUGUGACUGCCCUGAGCAACCUGAUAACCUGGCAGAAGGUGGAUUACGACUUCAGUUACCACCAGAUGGAAUUCCCCUGCAACAUCAAUGUUCUUAUCACCUCAGAGGGGCGGUCACUCCUCCCGGCAGAUUGCCAGCUCCACUUACAACCCCAGCUAAUUCCACCCAACAUGGAAGAGUACACGAACAGCCUUCUCUCCACAGUGCUGCCUUCUGUAUUGAAUAAGUUCCGCAUCUACCUGACCCUGUUGAGAUUCCUGGAUUACAGCAUAUCUGAUGAAAUAACCAAGGCAGUUGAAGAUGAUUUUGUGGAGAUGCGCAAGAACGACCCCCAGAGCAUCACUGCGGAUGAUUUGCACCAGCUGCUGGUGGUAGCUCGGUUUCUGUCUCUCAGUGCUGGUCAGACAACGCUGUCACGAGAACGAUGGCUAAGAGCCAAGCAGCUAGAGUCUUUAAGAAGAAACAGGCUUCAGCAGCAAAAAUGUGUGAAUGGAAAUGAACUUUGAAGUUCUCAUACCCAUGAAGACUGAUGGGCAAAUGGUAGCUACAUUGUAAAAUUCAAAUGUCAUUUGUACCACAUUGUUUUAUAGAUAAUUUGUAUUAAAAACCAAUGACUUUUCCUGAAGUCAGGCCUGAUAACAUCUGAAGUUUAUAUGAUACCUCAGUAAGGGCUUUUACCUUACUGAUUUUAUGGAGCUUUUGAAGUUUGUUUUAUAAUUAUAUAAAUCAGUUACAAUGUACAAAAAUAUUUGAUAUUAAAGUUUAAUAAUGAUGGUGUUGCUGGUUAUACCAUUUCCUUAGCUACAGCAGUCAGAGGCCACUCUGUUAAAAUGCUCUUAACUUCAUUUGAAGAAAACUGUUGCAAUUGCAAAGUUGAAGGAAUUUUGCACUUCAGAUUUCUUUCCGUUUAAUAGUGGGUCUGAGUAUAUUCAGUAGUCCAGGUUUGGGAACAGGGCAAACUUGCCAUAUAUUCUUAUGUGGGACACCAAGGCAACUGGCAACUGACAGAAACCUUCCACUAAACAGUUAACAGCCUACAAAACUAGUCAUUUAAGUGGAAGUGGUUCCCAAACUUUGGAAUUUUAUGGACCAGCAAUUUUUUUUUCAAAAACUGGGGAUAUGCCAGGUGUCGUGGCUCACGCCUGUAAUUCCAGC